UUCUUUAUCUCUCUAAUUUUUUAUCUCUCUUCUCUUAAAAGUUUUUCUUAGCUUCCACCCUUCCCCAACCUUUGUAAUCUCAUUUUGUAAUACCCAAUUCCUUCAAUUUCUCAUCCUUUUAUCUUUUUUUUUGAGAAAGACAAAUGAGGAGAGAAUCCAUUAAAAGUAAUAAAGUGAUCACUUAAAAGUGGAGAGUGGGGUAAUAGAAAUUUGAGAGAUGCAUCAAGGUCGGUCCCCAAAUUUGGUGUCUUCCCUUGAGUUCACAUUAUUCGGUUCAUCUAAUAAUGAUAGACAAUCUCAAAUAGUUGAAAUCUCUAGCAUCGAUCAUCUACAGCAGCAAUCAGUCAAGGCAACCUCACCUAUUGAAAUGAUGUCUCCUUCGGUCACUGCGAAGAAUUUUGAAGAAUCCGAUUCAACAAUGGAAGAAAUAUUCCUAAAUAAAGAGGAUGCUCUCCUACCUAAAGAGGAAAGUAAGAAAGAUCUUGAAAUCGAAAGUCGAUGGGCACAACAAGAGAUCAUCGCACUACUUAAGAUCCAUUUUGAGAUGGAUACUGCAUUUCAAUAUGUCACCCCCAAGGACCCUCUUUGGGAGGAUGUAUCUAGGAAGCUAUUAGAGUUAGGUUACAAUCGGAGUGCUAAGAAAUGUAAGGAGAAAUUUGAAAAUAUCCAAAGAUACCACAAGCGAGAUGAAGAAGGCCUUGUUGAUGAUAGUAAAGUCAAGGGCACUAGUCGAAAAGGUCGAAAGCGGAGACGAGAGAAAGGAUCAAAAACUACUAAAACAAUGAUGACCUUCUUCGAAGAGAUGAUGAGGCAAGUGGUUGAGCGACAGGAUGCGAUGCAACAUCGAUUUUUGAAGGCCUUGGAGAAGUGGGAGCGAGAUCGGAUGGUAAGAGAGGAGGCAUGGCGAAGACAGGAGAUAGCAAGGCUUACUCAUGAAAAAGAGCUCAUGACCCAAGAACAUGCCACCAUUGCAGUAAGGGAACAAGCCAUCAUCACCUUCCUUCACAAGGUCACAGGCCGAGCAAUACCAAUACCUCCAUUGUCUACCACCACCAUUGCCACAACUCCACAAUCAUCAUUAUCCCAACAACAACAACAACAGUCAAGCAAUGACACUGAGCUCACAAUUAUUCCCAUUGCACAGCAACAAAAAAUGUUGACAGAGAACACAACCAUAGAGUUUAUGUCCCCUAGGUGGCCAAAGAUGGAGGUGCAUGCAUUGAUCAAACUACGCACUAAUCUUGAGUCAUUCUAUCGAGAAGGGCUCAAGGGUCCAUUAUGGGAGCAGAUAGCUAUAGGAAUGCAACAGCUUGGUUAUAAUCGAAGUGCCAAGAAGUGCAAAGAGAAAUGGGAGAAUGUCAAUAAGUACUUUAAAAAGAUCAAGGAAAGCAACAAAAAUAGGUCUGAAAAUUCAAGAACUUGCUCUUAUUUCAACCAAUUGAAUGCCUUUUAUCAUAAUAGAUCUUUGAGUCAAAUCAGUCGCAUAUUUCAACAACCAGAGUCCAGCCCUAAUCCUAAUCCUACUCAACAAGUUGAUGGUAAUGCCCUCAUUACUAUGUUUCCAUCACAGCUCGAGCUAGUAAAAGGAGAAACUAGUAUUGAAGGUAGUCAUGCCGAUAAUAACAAUAAAAAUAAAGAAAACUUUGAGGGUGAUUUUGGAUGUAGCAACACCAACAUGACAUCAGAGAAGGUGCAGGAUGCUGGCAAGGAGCUUAUAGACCCAUCAAAUCAAGCUAUGGUAGAUGAUCAUGACAAAUUGGAAGAGCCUAAUGAUGAGAACAUUGAUCAAGAAGAUGAAAAUCAAAAUGGAGAUCAAAAUGAACAUGGGGAGGAUGGAAAGAUAUGAUACAGGAUAAAAUUACAAAAAUAGAAUAUGAGUGGUAGUGUUGUCUGUGGAGGAAGAAAGACAUCAGCAACUGCAACUAUAGUUUUAUUCUAGAUUAUGGAUCCAUAUAUAUAUAUUACUAGUUUCUCUUA